AUGUCGCUCAUAACAUGCUCAAGUGGCAGCAUCCCUAAGGUAGAAGCAUCAUUGCUUCCGAUGCAUCUUCAAUAUAGUGGUCCAGCAAGUACAGCAAACUAUUUCACCCCUUCGAAAACAAUUGAAAAACAAAACGAUGGUUCUGAGGUAAAAACUGCCUACUUUAGAGGUUGCAGGUUGGUUGCAAAAGAGGUUGAUUUGAAAGGGAGUAAUGUGGAAGGGUUUAUAAUAAACAAGAAUGAAGUUUUGCAGAGAGAGGUCAAUGAGGAGGACGGCACUGAGCAGAUCAAGUCUGUCAAAAACUACGCUGCGACUGCAUCAUUUGACAAGUUGGCAUUGUAUGGGCAUGACUCGGAGAUUGAGCUGACCAACCAGUGGUCCCUUAUUCCUGAGUAUAUAGAGAUAAGCAAUAUAAUACAUAAUUGA